UUUUUGAAUGAUAUUUCAGGAAUUAGCAGCAAAUCAUCACUAGCAGUGAUUGUGCAACCGAAUGUCACUUCAUAUAAAUUUGAGGGAUUGAUUGGGAACACAACAUAUCGUGUAAGUGUUGAAGGGUUUUCCGAUAAAGUGAGUGUGUUCUAUACGAGUACACUGAUAUCAACAUCGCUGGCAGCUUUGGAUUGGUUACCUGCUCCAACGGAUAUUUUUCUAACUGAUAAGGCAUCAGAUGCCCUAGAACUUACCUGGGUAACUCCGAUCGUUGCAUCUGCGAGUAAACAAGCGAUGGUCAAUCAACACCUUGUAAUCGCAUUUGAAUUCAAUGAAGCAACGAAGAUCUCGAUCCAAAGGCGACGUUUGACAGUUAGGUUUCCGAACACUCGGAUUCGAAUCGAAGGAUUGUCUCCUCGAACUGUCUAUAACGUUACUAUUCAGGCUGGUACCGAUUUUGGCUAUGGUUCAGUGGGAUGGGCAGCAUUUUCGACGCUGGGAAAGCAUGAGCAAUUCAUUUUACGGCUCACAUCGAGGACACCUAAUUCGUUGACGUUGAAGUGGCCCGUCUCUUGGCUUUCUUCAUCGAGUGUCCCUUAUACAAUUCGUGCCAAAACUAUCUACUCUGUCGACGGUUCCGAGAAGGAGGUAUCAGUGACUACGUUCAAUGAACCUGGCAAGCCUCCCGAGCAUACUCUCAGAAAUUUGGCGCCUGGAUCAAUUUUCAAUCUAACGAUGUCAACACUUGGAGAGUCAGCAAUCAACGAUAAGAAUCUACUCGGUGUGCGAACGUUUUCAUCAACGCAAUCAAAAAAGUUCACUUGGGGUGUUUUUUCGACGCUACAACAAGGUGAAUUCGUUGUUGAUGAGCCACGAGUGGCCGCAGAAACAGACACAGCCGCAUCAAUAGUCUGGCAGAAAAUACAUCAUCAUGAACCUGUAUUCUAUCAGGUUCGAUAUACACCGAACGAUGGUGGUCAAUCGACUGUGAUGGCCGUUCAGUCGGAACUGAAUCUGCAAUGUCCUAAAGUGGGAUGCGAUUGGCUGUGUGCACUUGUCUUUAAUUUGCCACAACGUCCUCGUGACUUCUUGUUCGAUGUACGCGCUAAAGUGGCCGGUAUCUGGAAUAAGUGGGUACCAAUUGCACGAAGACAUUGGAAUCUUAUGGAACGAGUGUGCAGCAUCAUUCCACCACCGUUUUUCGUUGAGAAUAUUGGCAAGCGCGAUUUCAUGCGUGAGAUUGAUCUAGGAAGCGCUGAUUCAUACGAUAAGAAUGCAUGGUUAGUGGAAUACUUGCAAUUAGACCUUUCAAUUAAUCAGCGUAUAUAUUGUGAAUUUCGCGAAGAUAAUUUGCUGAGUGCAAUCGAUAUUUCACGUCUGAACGAUAAGGCGACAUCGGAUUACGAACAAAUGCCGUAUUAUAUUACAGCUGGUCUAACACCAAAGCAAGUUGACGAUAAAAUUCAAUUCAAGAUUGGUGAUGGACAAGUAUAUGGUGGCUACCUGAAUUAUCCACUUGAGAGAGAUGCCAACCCAAAAUGGUAUCUGAUUCCGAUGUCAGAUUCGGAGAAUGAAAUAAUGGAACCAAUGCUCAAAUCGUGUGGAUUCAAAGAGGACGGUAUAACUGGAAAAUUUUUUACUUGA